AUUUAUUUUUGAGAGGGAUAUAUAUAUUUUGAGAAUAUAUAUGUUUAUAUAUUUUGAGAGGGAGAGAACGAGCACGGGAGGGCAGAGAGAGAGGGAGAUUCAGAAUCUGAAGCCGACUCCAGGGUCUGAGCUGUCAGCAAGGAGCCGGACGACGGACCAAACUCACAAACCCCGGUAUCAUGACUUGAGCCGAAGUCGGCUGCUCAACCAACUGAGCCACCCAGGGACCCCUAUCAGGCUUUGUCUUUUUUUUUUUUUUCCCCCCCUUCACGCUUUGUCUUUAAAGCCCGGUGCCGGGGUCGCCUCCUGGGACCUCAGCAAUUUCCGCUUCUGCCCGUCCCGCGUUAAGUCUAGUCCGCCGCGUGGGCGAGUGUCUAGAGCCCAGGACCCCGAGCGCAGGACGCCCGGCCGGGCGAUCGCACACUUCACUCCCCGGGAUCCACGGAAGCUGGGGAGCGCCUGCGGGACUCCAUUUCCCAGCGCGCCGCGCGGGGAUGCCUAGACGUUGCCGCGGAUAUCAAGCAGGGCUCCGCCCGCGCGGGACGGGAACUGCGCUUCCCAGAAGCCGCCGCGCGUGCGUCCGCAGCGUGCACUGGGCCUAUGAGGACUUUCGGGGGCUGGACUUCCGGCGUCCCGGACUGUCACUUUGCUACCGGGCGUUGGGCCACACCGGUAUUGGUGAACUGGAGCGCCGCGAGCCCCCAGGCGGGUUUCUUAGAAGGUUUGGAGACCCGAGGCGAGGGCUGGGAGGAAGACCCGAGCGGUGGACCGUCUCGCGCACGCCCUGAUUGCGGGCGACGGUCGCGCCCCGAGCCCAGGCUUCUCCGUGAGGAGCCUGGGCCGCUCCGCGGGGCUGUGGGGCGGCGCCCCGAGUCACGUGCUGUCCGACCCCGGGACGGCGGGGGAGGCGGCGCCCUGAGCGACCCUGCCUUAGACGGCCCGGGAGGCUGAGACCAGGAGCCGGCGAGCCCGUGUUGUCCGUCUCUUUCUGCGAGUCCCCAAGUACAGGUUCUGAUGGCGACCGCGGCGCUGACAGACCGGGCCCAGGGCCUGAUGGCCUUUGAGGAUGUGGCCGUGUACUUCUCCCAGGAGGAGUGGGAGCUCCUGGACGCAGCCCACGUGAUGUUAGAGAACUUCGCGCUUGUGUCCUCGCUGGGACUCUCUGCCUCACGACCCCGGGUGGUCCUGCAGCUUGAGCGUGGCGAGGAGCCCUGGGUUCUCAGUGGGACAGUUGUGACACCAGCCAGGAAUGCUCAGAGAAAGCCCAGCCCUGGUUUUUCUUGAAGAAGCAGCAUUGCCAGUGACAUUCUAGAAUGGCUCCCCUCCAGCACCUACCUUCACAGGUACCUGUGACGUGGGAAAAGCUCAGUGGGUUGGCAGGGCACCUCCCUCUCUCAGGAGAAAAAGACCACAGGGGUGUCUGUAUUUUGGGGGAUAGACUUCUCCUAAUCCAGAGCUCUGGUGAGGCUACUGUUAACCUGUAGCUGACCUCAUCACUUAGGACUCCACAGUAUGGCCAACCCAGGGAUUUGGCCAUCAUAGAAGCCCUCUCGCCAGGCCAGCACCCGAGGGCAUCUAAUAGGUAGAAGCCAUACUCAUAGGAGGCCAGUAGCAGAGUCCUCCCAUGCAUCCCAGACCUCGAAGUUAAUUGUGCUAGGUAGGGAGGAAAAGCAGGGGUGGAUUGUGAGAAGCCUCAUGGGCUCCCUACUAGCCAAGAGCCCCCUACCUGGGAUCAGCUGGGCAAGGCCCUCCACACAGGCCCCAGCUUCCUCUCCGGGGAGAAGCCCUUCGAAUGCAGGGCGUGCACCAAAGUGUUUCUGAAGAGCUCCGACCUGCUCAAGCACCUGCGCACCCACACUGGAGAGCGGCCAUACGAAUGCUCUCAGUGUGGCAAGGCCUUCAGCCAGACAUCACACCUGACGCAGCACCAGCGCAUCCACAGCGGUGAGACACCCUAUGCGUGCCCGGCCUGUGGCAAGGCCUUCAGGCAUAGCUCCUCGCUGGUGCGGCACCAGCGCAUACACACCGCUGAGAAGUCCUUCCGCUGCAGCGAGUGCGGCAAGGCCUUCAGCCACGGCUCCAACCUCAGCCAGCACCGCAAGAUCCACGCAGGCGGGCGGCCCUACGCAUGUGCUCAGUGUGGCCGCCGUUUCUGCCGCAACUCGCACCUGAUCCAGCACGAGCGCACGCACACGGGUGAGAAGCCUUACACCUGUGCCCUUUGUGGUGCCGCCUUCAGCCAGGGUUCCUCCCUCUUCAAGCACCAGCGCGUGCACACGGGUGAGAAGCCCUUCGCCUGCACACAGUGUGGCCGCGCCUUCAGCCACAGCUCUAACCUCACGCAGCACCAGCUGCUGCACACUGGGGAGCGGCCCUUCCGCUGCGGGGACUGUGGCAAGGCUUUCGCCAAGGGCGCAGUGUUGCUCAGCCACCGACGCAUCCACACGGGCGAGAAGCCCUUUGUGUGCGCACACUGUGGCCGUGCCUUCCGCGAGCGCCCGGCCCUGUUCCACCACCAGAGGAUCCACACGGGAGAGAAGCCCGUGCGGCGACCUCGGCGUGGGGCGGGCCUGUGCCCCCAGGCCAGGCCUUCUUCAGGAGCACCGUCAGAGGGCACGCUGGGCAGAGUAGCCGGGCCCACUCCCACCUCGGGCCCACCGGCAGUUUCGAAGCCUGCUGACGCCUGAGCUCACAGCUGCAGCCUCCCCCAGGCUGUGGGAAAAUGCCCUUGUGCCCUGUGCAUUCUGGAGAAGCCCUGUGCGUGCCCUGUGGUGCCGUCUGCACAUGGUGACGAUAUUUGCCAUUUCAGCACCAGCUCACUCCAACUCUAAGAGAUCUGACUACAGAAAGAUCAGGGGCAUGGACGUCGAGGCUGGGACUUUGGUGGGCAGAGACUGGGCAAUCAGAGUGCCGCUUCAUGCCUGUUAUGACUGUGAGCACUCAGGUGAGGAGGGGAAUGCUGGAAUGUUGGGGAGGCAGUCCUAGAAAUUUCUGACGCCCGCGCACAUACUGGCCAACAGGCUGGCCCUCAGGAUAUUCUCUCAAGACCUCAGUUCAUCAGAGGCUUCUGGGAGCAGGCCCAGUGGAUAGGAAGUCAGGUUGGGGUCUGGUGUUGGCCUUGGGCUCUGAGCCUCAGUUUCCACCUCUGGGGAAAAGAAAGGAAGAGAGAGGGAGAGAGAGUCAGGCUACAGAGGGUAUUUGCAGCACCGUGACAAGCAGGAUCUCGAUAAGGGCCAACAUGUGCCAACUGCCAGCCCUGUGAGAUGGCUACUAUGGCUGGUAUCCCCACUUCUCAGUUGAGGAAACUGAGGCAGAGAGUGGGAGUGUGCUGCUGCACAGAGCAGAGCCCAGGACUUAAAUCCAGGUCACAGGCCCAGCUCAUCUCUCUGCCCCCAUGCUCUGGCACUCGUGCUCUAGUCUGCCAGUGUGAAGGCUGGGCGAUGCCAGGCCUGGCUUCCUGCACAUGGCAGUCCCACAGGACGUGGAGGAAGUAGAGGUGGAGGUCCCUGGGGUGGGAGGAGGGAGACAAACAUCAAUGUGUUCGUUCAGGUUUCACCCAAGCCUCAGCCCUGGCCAUGCCCUGUUGUUGCCAAAGUCACCAUUACAGGGGUGUUUAUAUCCCCACUGCCCUGGUGACAGGUGACCACGAUAACAGGUUGGAGGAGACCAGAUGGGACUACGUGUUUCUGCAGGGUCAGUGGGCAGGUGCCCACCUGUUCUCUUCCCUCAGUUGGAAAGAGGAUUUGCUGUUACCUAAGGCCACGUGUGUGUGAUGCCCUCCCAUCAUGGGACACCUCCACGUGGCUGGGACACGUGGUGGACUGGGGCCCAGGUUUCUCCCUGUGGCCCUCAGCAGAGCAGGCCCUGUCUUGACCUCAGGCUUCACCCCUAGGGAUGUUAGUGGUCUCUUUUCUUGGGAACAAAAAAGAAAAGACCAAAAAUUAUAAGUUGGAGUGGAUGUACAUUGUGUAAAUCCCUGCACAGCACUGUGGAAAUCCACAACCUCAGUCUCUCCUCCAAGCCUCUAGUCAUGGUUCAGAAGGGUUUAACAAUAUCAUCUUUUUUUUUUUUUUUUUAAGUUUAUUUAUUUAGGUGAUCUCUACACCCAACAUGGGGCUUUAAGUCACCACCCCAAGAUCACGAGCCAGCCAGGUGCACCUAACAACACAAUUUAAGUAUGAUCAUCACAGAACUUUGAAGCUUUGGCUUCAAUUCAUGUCCUUUUGAGAGUCCAAAGGGUAGAGAUGAAAUUUGCCUAUUUCCCAGUGAGGUGCUAGGACGUAUCUUCUUGGCAACCAGAGGUGUGUGUGAGGGGGAGUGUUCUAGGAGACUUGGGCAAGGUGGACAUCGUGAGGCUACCCCAAGUCUCAGCUCUACCAGGAGAGGAGUCUAUGGAUCCAGGCUUGAGAAUCUGAGGCAUGGUGGUUCUGUAGUCCCAUCACCUGCAAGGUCUGGCAGCCAUCUGCCACACAGAGUGAGCACAGACAUGACAUUUCCCUCACUCCCCACCUGCCAACAGUUUCAGACCCAUCUUCCACUUCUGGAGCCUCACAAGUCCUACAAGGAGGGGAGAUACGGUGGCAGGGAGAGCUGUCUUGCAGCAUCUGGCUCUCCGAGAUCCUUGGAGUGCAAGUCCACUGAAGGAAGCCUCCUGGUACCCUGUAGGCUUCUGAGGAACUGCCCACCUCUGCUGUACUCAUCCUCUCUUCUCUAGUGCACACUCUGGUCUUAUCCCCUCCACACCUUCCCCCAGAUUCACCACCACGAGGGAGCCUUGAUUAGGUCACAGACUCAGUCUGCACAGCUGUGAAAUGCAGACACAUCCCCCACUCUAACUGAUAGAGAGCUUUCUGGGGAAAGGAGCAAAGGCAUGUGUCAAACACCUAGUGGGUAUUCAGCAAGUCAUAUACAAUCUUUUCUGCAUCUUUUUUUUUUUAAGAUUAAAAAAAAAAAAAGGUUUACUUUUGAAGAGAGGGAGACAGGAUUGGAAGCUGGCUCUGUGCUGACAGCAUUGAACCCGAUGCAGGGCUUUAAGUCACAAAUCAUGAGUUCAUGACCUGAGCCGAAGUCAAACACUCAACCACCUGAGCAAUGUAGGUAGCCCCAAGCUUUUCUGCAUCUUGAACUGAAGUUCCUGGAGCUGUUUCCAACCUAAUCCCUCCUGAUCCCUUGAGCUCAGCCUGUUCCCUGCCCAUCUCCCCACUAGUCUCCUUCCCACCUGUGUGGUUGGCUCCUGCUAUCACUCAUUUACUCCACCCUCCUCAAAUCCACGCCUCCCAAUGCCCAGGUCUGGUCAGUGGCUCCCAUCUGGAUCCUAUGGAAACAACUAUGAUCACCUGCCUUCCCCCAUGUCUUGGCCCUCACAUUGCCCUCUUCCAAACUAAUGUGUUCAUGUUGGGCCCUAUGCUGCCAGGCUGACCCCUCUGCUCUUAACCUAGAGCUGGCUGUGGCUUCCCUGGCUUUCUGGUGCAAGAUGGAUAGAACAAACACAUCUUACUUGGUUCAGAAACCCAAUGAAUCCACAGGGAGGAGAGUCUUCAGAACAUAAACCUACAAAUAGGAGGAUGGAGUAAGAGGUGUCAGGAAAUGGCAUUCUGAAGCUAGAAUCAGAUGGGCAUGGGUGAGCUUUCACUGAUUUAGUGAAAGCCACAUACAAAGUUGGCACUGGGGGAAGUGGAGGGUGGUCCCUUCAGGCUUAUGCUGCAGAACUCCAGAGGACUUGAAGACAGCAGCUCAAGCCCUGAGCCCACUUGGACUAUAUACAUCAUAGAGUUCUUCAUGACCACUAGACUAUACCUAACAGCUCCCACAAUGACCCAGGUGUCACUUGCAGUAUCUGACCUCUCAUGGCCUAUGUCAUCUCAGUCUUGACACGCACAUGUGCCCCAGCCUACAACACCCAUAAUGGUCAGGUGUGAUUCCUGCCAUGGAGAGGGCACAGACCACUUCACUGAGGAUUAAUAUGUGCUAUUCCCCUUUUCCAGGUCUACAGGUCUUAACAUCACUGGGCAGCACCUAAAGCCCCUGACAUGGGUGGAAUGUACUAACCAGAGGUUCAGUGCCCUCAAAUUCCUAUCUGCAUUUAUCCUAAUUCCAAAGAAGCCCUUCCAGUUCUUCAGACAGUGAGGACUACACUUCCCCUAGGCUUUGCCACUCAUGACAACAUCUUUCCCUUGGCCUACAGUUCAUAGUUCCCAUAAUGAUCAAGUAACAUUUAAAGCCCCCAACACAGCAUGCACUACUCUUUUCUGAAACUAGCAAAAGCGUGUACCUGCCUACAGUGCCCAGAGAGCUCUUCUGGCCCCUAAGACACUGGAUUUUGUUUACCAGAGGGCUCUGGACCUGUUCCACAUCCUUUUUGCAGGUGCAUUCUUCCAUGGAUGCUCUUUUUCCAGUUAUUUGCCCACAUUUCUUGGCUUAGCCUGAUGUCCUUGUCAUACUGCCAUGAUAGCACAUCUUACAUCCUACAGACCAUAUACUUAUCUGUUUUGCCUGAGGCUAGCCUCAUCUCUCAACCCUGGAAUGGCUUCAAGGCUGCUGAAUCCUAUCACACUUCUGGCCUUGCCCAGACAGGGCCAUUCCUUGAGGCUUGUCAAGAUCCUUGGUAGGGAAGCAGGGGGAACCCUGAAGUAAGGUCUCUGGAGGACAGUAGGCCCUGAAUUCCUCGCUUGUAUCUCCAUCCACUGUUGGGGAGGAAGAAUUUCCUCUGCCCUUCAAGGUCUCUCUGGCUUGUCUAAGAAUCAAAUUGACAAGAGAUAUGUUAACAGGAGAAAAUCUAAUUUGGUAUAUAUACAGUGUGCACACAGCCAUAAAAUUCCAAAGACAGGCAAAAGGAGGCAUAUAUCCUACUAAACAGAGAAAGGGGUAGGGGUCCAUGACUGCAAUAGGAAGAAAUGCAAUUUAAAGGAAAAUGAAAGGGACGCCUGGGUGGCUUAGUCGGUUGAGCGUCUGACUCUUGAUUUUGGCUCAGGUCACAAUUCCGGGGUUCUUGAUCAAGUGCUGCAUUGGGCUCUGCACUGAGAGUGGAGCCUGCUUGAGAUUCUCCUGCCCCUCUCCCCUGCUCUCUCUCUC